CCAGAACCAAAAUUGGAACUAGCCAUGAAAGCUCCUUCAGUUGGAGAGCUUCUCUUGGUGUUCAUAGCCUGCUCUUGCUGUGCACAUGUCGUCUGCAGCUCGUUGCCUGGAAAUGAGACAGACAGACUGUCACUGCUUGAGUUCAAGAAGGCGAUCAGUGGUGAUCCACAGCAAUCCCUGAAUUCUUGGAAUGAAAGCACCCACUUCUGCAGUUGAGAGGACGUCUUGUGCAGGGCGAAAGCUCCACUCCGUGUCACUUCUCUGAACCUGACAGAUUGUGGUUUAGCAGGCAAUAUCUCUCCAUCAAUUGCCAACCUGACAUUCCUAAAGUCUCUUUCUCUGGGUAAAAAUUCAUUCUUUGGAGAAAUCCCUGCAUCACUUGGCCACCUGCAUCGCCUACAAACUCUUGUUUUGAGUUACAACAAAUUGCAAGGGAGGAUACCUGAUCUGGCAAACUGUUCUAACCUCAGGUCCCUAUGGCUUGAUCGCAAUAAUCUUGUCGGAAAAAUUCCAAAUUUGCCGCCUCGGCUUCAAGAGCUUAUGCUUCAUGUUAACAACCUGAGUGGAACUAUCCCUCCUUCUUUGGGCAAUAUCACAACGCUAACUAAGUUUGGUUGUGCAUUUAACAAUAUUGAGGGUAACAUCCCAACUGAAUUUGAAAGGUUGCCUGGGCUUCAGUAUUUAUCAGUCAAUACCAAUAAGUUGGCAGGUUGGUUUCAACUAGCCAUCCUAAAUAUUUCCACUCUUGUUACUCUUGAUCUUGGUGCGAAUAAUCUACGGGGGGAGGUACCAUCUAAUCUUGGAAACUCUUUGCCCAACCUCCAGUAUCUCAUAUUGUCAGACAACUUCUUUCAUGGGCAUUUCCCUUCUUCAUUGAUAAAUUCUUCCAAGCUGAACCUUAUUGACAUGGCAGAGAAUAAUUUCACUGGGGUGAUCCCUAGCUCCAUUGGAAAGCUUGCAAAACUCAACGUUUUGAGUCUUCAGUUGAAUCAAUUUCAAGCUGGCACCAAGAAAGAGUGGGAGUUCAUGGAUAGCCUGGCCAAUUGUACUGAGCUAGAAGUUUUCUCCGUAGCGAGAAAUCAUUUACAAGGCCAAGUACCAAGCUCACUAAGUAAUAUUUCUUCUCAGCUUCAGUAUCUAUAUUUAGGGAAAAAUCAACUAUCUGGAGGUUUUCCUUCUGGAAUAGCAAAAUUCCACAACCUAAUUAUUUUAGGAUUGGAUCACAAUCAAUUUACAGGUGUUGUUCCAGAGUGGCUUGGAACUCUUCAAGCAUUACAAAAAUUAAGCUUGCUUGACAACAACUUCAUAGGGUUUCUUCCAACCUCCCUUUCAAAUUUGUCUCAAUUGAGUGAACUCUUUUUGGGCUCUAACAAAUUUGACGGGAACAUACCACUAGGCUUGGGUGACCUCCAAAUGCUUCAAGUAUUGAGUAUUUCCAACAACAAUAUUCAAGGUAGGGUACCCAAGGAGAUCUUCAACCUUCCAACAAUAACGGAAAUUGAUUUAUCGUUCAACAAGCUAUUUGGGCAACUUCCUACUGAAAUAGGCAAUGCCAAACAACUUGCAUCUUUAGAGCUUUCCUCCAAUAAGUUAUUUUGGUGAUAUACCAAAUACUUUGAGCAAUUGUGAAAGUCUAGAAGACAUCAGGUU